CCCGUCAAUUGGUUUACAUUGUAUCUUCCUCCAUUACCAACCAUGGACCCCCACAGCACAUCCCGCGAAAAGCUCCUGAUAACCGGCGCGACCGGCUACAUCGGCUUCAAAACCCUUCUCACAGCCCUCUCCCGCGGCUAUAGCAUUCUUGCCCUGGUUCGAAAAGACAGCGACAUCUCCGACCUCCAAUCCAGAAGCGCCGCUAUCACUGAAUCCGUUCGGUCAGGACAACUGGAGUUCGCUAUUGUUCCGGACUUCCUAGCCGACGAUGCCGUCUACGAUGUUCUGAGGGGAUCCGGGGUGGCGGUGAUUGUUCAUUUGGCGUCACCGUUGGCUCCUCAGACGGAGAAUUAUGAAGAGGAUAUUAUCCGCCCUGCUGUUUCAAUGGUAACGGUGUUUCUUGAGGCCGCGAGAAGGGUGGAGAGUGUGAGGAGGGUUGUUGUUACGUCUUCUUGCGUGACCCUCAUCCCCUUCGAGUGGAACUUCAAUCCAGACUCCGAGAGACUCUAUACCGCAACCGACCUAAAUCCAACCCUAACCAGCACCCCAGCCUCCCCCAUGGAAGCCUACUGGAUCUCCAAAGCGCUGGCCCGAAAAGCCAGUCGUGAUUUUGUGGAAACCCAUCGCCCUAGCUUCGACUUCGUAAACCUCCUCCCCGGCGUGGUCAUCGGACCCGAUGACCGUCUUAUCCCAUCGCCCACGAACAAGACCGUGAAGAGUGGUGAUGUGCUACAGGGAACGAGGAGGUCCGUUCUUGCGCCCGUGUUGACCGCUGAUCUGAGUAGUUCAUUUCCUUAUGUGGGCGUGCCGGUGCAUGUGGGUGAUGUGGCGAGGGCACACAUCGAUGCUGUUGAUCGGCAGAGGAUUCCCGGGAAUAGCGAGUUUAUUCUUGUUUCGGACGCUGAUGCUGACGAGGGUGUGGACUGGGAGGAGGGUGCUCGGGGGGUUGUGCGGACAUACUAUGGGAAGGAGCUUGAGGAGGGAUUGUUUCCGAUGGAAGGGAGCUUGGAGGCGAUUCGCUGGAGGGUUGAUACGAGGGAGACGGAGAGGGUGUUUGGGUGGCGUCUUUUGGGGUUCCAAGAGACUAUAAAGGCGCUUGUUGCGCAGUGGGUUGGGUUGAAGAGGUUGGAGACGUCAGUGGAGGCUGGAUGCGAGUAA